AUGAGCAUGUUCGGCGCUCUGAACCGCUUCAUCUCGCGUCUCGACGCCGAGCCGCAGGACCGUGACCAGGGCACCAAGGGCGCCUAUGGCUUCCAGAUCCUGCGCAACACCAACCAAGAGCUGUCCAUAGAGCCCUGGUUCGACUUCAUUAUCGGCAUUAACGGCCGCACAAUAGACGAUCCCGACCCGACGCUCUUCGCAACCGAAGUCCGCAACUGCGCCGGCCACACCAUCAGCCUGGGCGUGUGGAGCGCAAAGGGCCAGCGCAUCCGCGAGCUCUACGUCCCCAUCCCGGCUGAGACCCCGACGCUUGGCAUAUCCCUGCAAUGGAGCCCACUGUCGAGCACCGAGGAUGUGUGGCACAUCCUUGAUGUGCAGCCCAACUCCCCGGCCGAUCUCGCUGGCCUCUUGCCCUACGGUGAUUAUGUCAUCGGUAGCCCUGAAGGUCUUGUGAGAGGGGAGUCGGGGCUUGGGGAGUUGGUUGAGGAUUACAUCAACCGCCCCCUUCGCCUCUUCGUCUACAACCACGAAUACAACGUCACCCGCCCCAUCACCAUCACCCCUUCCCGCAACUGGGGCGGCCAAGGCCUUCUCGGCUGCGUCCUCGGCUUCGGCGCACUGCACCGGGUGCCCGCUCCGCUCGAGGAGCCGCCCUCCGGCCCAGGUGAGACUCUCUUCGACACCUCGUACACGACCAACGCUCCAUCCGACGCCGCCGCCGCGUCGCCUGCCGACGUUGCCACUCCCGGGUUCGCCGGCGUGGGCGUGCCGCCUCCACCUUCGUCAGCAUCACCGGCCUCCUUCUUCGUGCCCGCGAACAUGCACACCCCACCUCCACCAAAGAACAGCGCGUCUCCCGGCCCUGGCCAUCAGCAACAAGCAGCAUCAGCAACUCACGGCGGCCGGACGCGCAAGGUUCGUGCCCACCAUGCGGUGGCGGCCGGUGGCAUCGACGACUACUUCAAGGAGGGUGAAGAGAAGAGUAAAGAGUUGGAUUACGGGGGCGGGGGGAGCAGAGCUGGGAGCGUGCCGCCGCCGCCGAAAGCUGGAGGUCCGCCAAAGGGGGCCCCGCCGAGGGAUGGUCCGCCUUCGGCUGCAACCAGCCCUCCAGCAGCCGAGCAAACAUCAGGAUAG